AUGGCAGAUGAAUUGAAAGAGGAAACAGAAAACUUCAUUUUGCAAUUAGUGGGCGGCGUGUCUCGCCAUGGGUCGGUGAGGAGCGUCAAGAAAGUAGCCCCGCCGACAGUCCCCACGCUGAGCGUGAAGGCGGCCCACUUCAAGCAGCCACGGGGCAGCCCCUGCAUCUGUAACGGGGACGACCUGUGUACCCUGGACUACGGAGACUCUGACAACGACCAGGGGAAGCCGCCCCGAUCCCCAACCAACGGAAACAAUCAGUACUCUCCACCUCUCUUCAGCACAGCCAACUAUCUCACGCAUCCCAUGAAGAAGAUGACGCCUGGUGGGGGCUCUAACGGCCAAAUUCAUCUAGCCCACGUCAUAGUACACAGUCAGCCCGACAGCCUGCCAAGCACGCCAUCGGAUGCCGGGCAUUCUCCUAGCCUAACUAAAGCAGGUCGUCUGUUGAGUGGGACGCAGGCAUCCCUAGAGGACCAGGGCAUCGAACUGAGCAGCCCAGGGCGGCACAGCCCCGGCGGUAGCAGCGGGGGCAGCAGCGUCUCUAGACACUCUCUCUCCAGUCUAGACAGUGGGAGGGCCUCGGCGCCCGGUUCCGAAGGGAAGGUAGUGAAUCGUCGCCUAUCCAUCCAGAGUUAUGAAGGUGGCAGCAGCCCCCAACGCCGUUCCUACCACAGUUCUAGUUCGAGCUUGGCGAGUGUUGGCGACGAGUCAUCCGGAGUUCCCGGGCCCAAUGUCGCUGAGAUGAUGACUUAACAGCAGUUGGCAUCACAAAACCUAACCACCGGAGAAAACUGAAAGCAGAGAUAGCAAAGCUAAAUAUCUCUGACGGAAUUCCCGAAUACAAACCAGAUUCUCUUUUAGAAUGGCUACGAUUAUUACGUCUAGAAGAAUACUUUGAUACACUAUGCCAACAAAAUUAUAACACUGUGGACAAAGUAACAGAUUUGACUUGGGAAGAUUUAGAAGACAUUGGUAUACAGAAAUUAGGUCAUCAAAAAAGAAUCCUGUUAGCCAUCAAACGAAUUGAAGACAUAAAUCAAGGGCGCAGACCAAAUCUUUAUCCUCAAUCCAACUGCCAAAGUCGGAUUGACGAAUCUGCUAUAAAUCCUGCUUUCUCAAGGCCUUCAACUCUUAGUAAUGUUCAAUCAUUUCAAUAUCCCAGUCAAGAAAUAGCAAUCUCAAUGAAUCGUCCAAAGAAUUCCCCGUCCACAGACUGUAUCCCAGAAAUGAAGACAUUUCAGCAGUCUCCCAUUCGGGAAGAGAAUCUUUUUUCACAUGUUACGCAAAACAAUUCUUUGCAGCAUGUCCCACCAACUCAGAAUGUAAAUGGAAUUCUCAAUCCAGUCCUUUCUCCUAUUAGAGGAAGAUCACUGGAAAGUCUGAGCUCAGAAAAUGCAAUCUCAGCAGUUAACCAAAUUCCAGUUAGUGUUGCAUCUUAUACGCCUUUAAUGCAAACGCAACCAGUGGCCGAGCAGCCCAAACCACCUGCAAAAGAGUGGCGAGUGACUGAUCUUGAUAUGGACUAUGAAUGUGAAGGUACUGCAACGCUAAACCGCCCGCGAGGCCUCGUGAAAUUAAAGCCCAUGGCCAAAAUAGCGGCCAAAACACGAGAAGAAAUCGCCGAAGCCAUCAUGGACAUACCGGACAAUGAGUUUAAGUCGCUGAUUGACCAGACUCGAGCACUAGAUGGAUGGUCCAGCCUAGAUGGGUCUCCUAGGCACGGGCCUGCCACUGUUCCACGAAGUGCCACACUUAAAAGAGCUCCCCCACCCAUACCUAAAAGAAACAAUUCAACUAAAGGUGAAAAACCUACAGACGAGAGAAAAAACGAUACCCAGAGUGUCAAAAGCAAGCCGGAGUGUCCUGUUAGGUCUGUUGCAAAAGCUAAGGACAGUGAACUGGAGGAUUUUCCUCCGCCCCCAGCACCUUUGCCUUCAGUCAUUGAUGAGAAAUCAAAAGUGUCUUCAGACAAAAUAGAACCUGUAGACGAAUUGUUUAACAAUCCUUUGUUUCGGCAAAGGAGAAAGGACUCUGCCGAAUCGUCUUCCAGUGUAGAUUCGUUUGCCUUGCCAUUUGCGAAUGAAUCUGUGGGCACCAUUAAACAGAAAGCCUCUAGACCGUACCCCACACUUCCUGCUCAGGCAUCCCACGUGCAAAGAGAAUCCAGUCUAAGGAAAACUAAAGCAUCAGAGUACUCAACAGUUGAUGAUGAGCACGAAUAUGAUGUGACUCCUGAGGCGAUAUCACCAGGGGAUGUCAUUGAUGACAUAGAAAAUAUGUUAGCUAAUCUUUCAGACCAAUUAGAUGCAAUGUUGGACGAAGAACAAGCACAAAAAUAGCAAACGCUAUACUUGUAGUGAUCACAAACUAUUCUUUUUGCACGUUUUAUUGUAAUUAAAAUGCUGCCUGGUGCAGUAUUGUAACACAAGCACUCAUGUGGAGUUCUGGAAGACUAGAUUGUGCAUAAUAUAUUAAAACUGUUGGAAAAAUAACUCAAAAAAAGACCGAUAUCAUGCAUGUUGUAGAAUAUUGUGUAACAGUUUUUGUUGACUCAUCAGUCAUUUUCACUUUGGCAAACUGAAAAAUGACCACUGGUUUCAUUCUCAUGUCUGUCCUAAAUGCUACAAAGUAUACAUCCUCAAGUUCCUUGGUCCCAUGUCACACACAGAUGGAAGCUUACUCAAGUACACAAGCAUCAUCAUUGCUGAUUUUCGAAAUAACUAUACACUAUCUCUAGAUAAGGUUUUAUAAGUUCAUCUUAUGCUUUUCUUUAACCAUGAAAUAUCUUUUACUGAAUUAUCAAUUCUGUGCUGUAAUGGUAUUAAACGCUUAACAUGAGUUACUUUAUUUUUCUUGUAAAAACAAAUCAUUACAUGUUUGGACAUAAGAGCAAUACCUAUACUUGCAGUGCUGUAGUUGGGAGGGGGGGGCA